ACACCAACUGUUUCCUGUCCAUUCUUUAGUUAUGUUCUGUUUUUUCAGACUGUUGACUAGUUCAAACAAACAAUAGGUUUUUGUGAUUUCUUGUCUUAGACCGGUUUCGGUUUGUGUCGGUUAGUCGGUUAUAGUUCUGCACAUUCUGUUUGUAGAUAUAAGAAGAAGCGUAAUCAAAUGGGUUCAACAAGUAGUUCCACGUCCGUAUUAAUGAAAUAACCAAAGAAUAUCAAGGUAAUCAUCAAAAACUUUUCAAGCUUGAGGCAGUGCUAUGGCGUUUGAAAAUGGCUACAUGUACCAAGGCCUCAACAGGAUUGGCAGAGGGGCUUAUGGUACGGUUUACAAGGCUACAGAGAAGACCACCGGACUCGACGUUGCUCUGAAGAAAGUAUGCGUUCAAUUGACGGAAGAUGGUGUUCCUAUGAAUACGCUGCGGGAGAUAUCCCUCCUGAGGCAACUCAACACCAGUAAUCACCCCAAUAUCGUUCGUUUGCUGGAUGUGUGUCACGGUCAACAAAUGGAAAGGGAACUCAUAAUGUACCUAGUGUUCGAGCACGUUGAGCAAGACUUAUACACAUACAUAGAGAAACACCCAAGGGGCUUCAGCACAAUCGAGAUCAGGAACCUUUCUAGGGAAAUUCUGGAUGGAGUCGACUUCUUGCACAGCAACAGGGUUGUCCACAGAGACUUGAAACCACAGAAUUUGCUGGUGACUAAAGACGGGCAUAUCAAGCUAGCCGAUUUCGGACUCGCCAAGACUUAUGAUUUUGAUAUGAAAUUGACUUCGGUGGUGGUGACUUUGUGGUACAGAGCCCCAGAGGUUCUUUUAGGAUUGCAGUACGCCACCCCUGUGGAUAUUUGGUCAGUAGGUUGCAUAAUGGUGGAACUGUACAGUUUAAAACCGCUGUUUUGCGGUACUUCAGAAGGGGAUCAACUCAGUAAGAUAUUCAGGGUGUUGGGAAAACCCCCCCAGAAUGAGUGGCCAGAAGAAACCGUCUCCAUCAAGUGGAACGCGUUCGACAUAGUGAAUCAAGUAAGACUGGGACAGAUUGCGCCAAACAUAUGCGAGACCGCUCAGGAUUUGAUAAUGCGAAUGCUGACCUUCAAUCCCAAGAAACGUAUCACAGCCCUCAAAGCUUUGAGCCAUCAGUUUUUCACAGAGGAACCUCUCAAUACGUAACGGCUAUGUUGUGAUAUCGGAUUUUCCCUGAUAUCGGUUUUAAUAUUUAAGGUAACUAAUAAAUUGUGUAUUUUA